AUGAGUCGCCGAGCGCUGGCCCGGAAGGCUGCGGGCGCCAAGGCCGUGGCCCCCCACAGCCUCUCUCAAGACGCGGCCGGUAUCGAGAACGUGACAAAGAAGCUGCAGCUACAGCUGAAGACAGGCGACUAUUACGGCGCGUUGCAGCUGUACAAGACGCUGUUUAUGCGGUAUCUGAAGGUGGACGACCCCAGUGUCGAGCAGCAGGAGAAGGCAGCGGCGCUGGCGCUCGACGCAGCGCUUGUGCUGCUCGAGCACGACGAGAACACGGCAGCGGUCGAGAUGGCCAACCUCAUGAUCUCGGUUUUUGUCGACUUUGACCAUGACGUGGACGACCGCCACAAGCAAAGCGUGCGCCAGAUCGCGUCUGCCUUUGAGCAGAAGCCGCAGUUUAGUGCCGAUGCGACAGGGUUCCUGAAGAACGCAGUCAAGUGGUCGGCUGUCAAAGGAGCGAGGAAACGUGGAGAUCCAGAGCUGCAGCUGCUGCUAGCGCGAGCCUAUUGCAUGACAGGGGACUUUCCACACGCAAUGAAACACUUUCUGCACGCUGAGACGCCGGAAGAGCUGGCCGAUGCGCUAUUUCAGUGGUCGAAAACGGGGUAUCCGAGUGAAUCCGACUUGUACCUUGCUCGAGCUGUGCUGCAGUUGCUAAGCCUGGAGAAUCUGCGUGACGCCAACAAAGUGUAUGAAGCGUAUGUGGCCAAGUGCGAACAUGCGGGACGCGCCGUUGACUUGCCACUGAUCAACUUUACGCGGUUCUUGCUGCUGACGCUCGAGCGCGAUGCACUCCCGCUCUUCCAAAUGCUCCAAGAGCGUUACGCGCUAGCGCUCGCUCGUGACAGUAGUCUCAAGAGCUAUUUAGGCAUCAUCGGUCAGAGGUUUUACGGACUUCAGCCUCCGCGGUCAGGACUCAGCUCUCUCCUUGAGAUGUUUUCUGGUGGUGGGGUGCAGUAA